GACCUACUAUUUAGAUCUAGAAAUCUAGAUUCUGCAUUCUAACUCUUAAUGUCUUUAAAAGAAAAUUAUUCGAGGUCGAGGGUUCAUUAAAAAAGGUUAGAAGCCAGAUAUCAUUAGUGAAGUGGUAGAUCUAGGCUAACACUAACUACUGCUAAAAGAAAAAAAAAGAAUAUGUAGGCCUAAUAUUCAUACAAAAAUAAAAAUAGCAUUAGCAAGUGGUCCAUGAAGGACCGAUACUUCAUGACGUGAUCAAUUGAUAACAAAAUGUAGACCUAGACUAGUAGAAAUGAAAAGUGGCAGAUUCUUUUUAUAGGAAUCAAUGGUAGAUUCUAGAUAGAUUCUAGAUCUAGAACCUAGAUCUCUAGGUGUUUUUAGUCAUUUUAGUGGUGUUAAUGACAUUAAUUUAAUUAACAUUAUUAGUAUUAUAAUUCUUCAUGCAUUUAAAUAAAAGAUGAUGCUUUGAAAUAUAUCUUUUAAAUUAGAUUCAAGAUGGAUUCAACAGCCACAGACCCUGAUGGUGUAGAGAUUAAGACAAAGUAUCUUCGACUUGAAAAAACUCAUCAGACAGAAGAUGAAGUGUUGCCAUUGUGGAGAAAACUCUGUUUUGCUGUGGGUGGCGCCCCCUACCAGAUCACUGCUACAGUCAUAGGAUUUUUUUUAAAUAUAUUUCUUUUAGAGGUUGCUUUGUUAAAGCCAAGGUAUGUGUCCAUCAUAUUGUUCAGCGGCAAGGCUUGGGAUGCUGUAACUGAUCCCACUAUUGGGAUCUUGGUUCAGAAAACUAACACCAGAUGGGGCAAAAUGAGGCCGUGGAUAUUGUUGUCUACACCAUUUGCUUGUGCCUGCUACUUCCUACUAUUUUACAUUCCCUGGGGCAGCAAACUGGACAGCAAGGGUCUGCUUGUAGUUGACGCAUCCGACUCAGCUAAACUGGGAUUUUAUUUUGCUGUCUACUGUCUGUUUCAAGGUUUCCUGACUUGUUUACAUGUGCCUUACACUGCCAUGACCAUGUAUGUCACAACUGUCCAGAAAGAAAGGGACUCAAUCACAUUUAUCAGGAUGGCGUUUGAAGUGACCGGUGUGCUGGUUGCUGUUGUAACUCAAGGUCUUUUUGUUGGCAACACAAGGUGUAAAGGAAAUGAGGAACCAGGGGUGAACAGAACUGGCCUUUUGGAGCAGGUGGGCCAUCUAGAGUCUAAUGUUUAGAUGGGCCAUCUAGUC